AGGCCAGACAGACAUCGAGAUGACUGGAGCUCUGUACACUGGACUCAUGCUCUUCUCCAUUGUGGUGGUUUGUGAGAGUGAGCCGACUCAAGCUGGGCCAGACAGAACAGGGGACUCAUAUGGGUCAGACCAUGUAGGACAGGCCGGUCUGGUCCACUUAACAUCACACUGGGCCUUUCAGCUCAUCAAUGAGUCGCUGACCUACUCCAGGGCCGACAGCUUCUGCAGAGGCCAGUUCAGCUCAAUCCUGACUCUGGAUCAGUUAGAGGACCGGGAGGGAGCCCGGGAGCUGCUCCAUCAGGCUGGAAUCCAUUCACCGAUCUGGGUCCAGAAUUCCAGGAGAGCACCUCCCACAUCUGUGAACCUCUACAAGCAGUAUCUAAAAUUCUCAGCUCUUAACUUCCCAAAGGAGUCACGUGAUGGUUUUUCACGUGUCAACAUGUCCUUUCCGGCCGUGUCGUCCAUCAGUGUUUGUGUCCGUGUUCAGUGGGACCCACAGUGGAACGACGUGUCGACCAUCUUCUCUUAUGCUGCUCCUGUUUUUACCAAUGAGUUCCAGUUGCGUAGCCAGGUGGACGCGCAGGGACGCAUCCUCCUGGCGCUCAUUAUCCACGGGAAGCACCUGCCAUAUAAGGCGUCAUUCCCCAAUGACGGGGCCUGGCAUCAGAUCUGUGUCACAUGGCAGCAGAGCAGUGGACGCUGGGCGAUUUAUGUGGAUGGGGACAGGAAGGACAUGGGCACAGGCACUGAGAUAUCCAGGGAUAUUCAUGGCGAUGGGAUACUCAUCCUGGGUCAGGACCAGGACUCAUUUGGAGGGAAUUUCACUGAGCCGUUUUUUGGAAAUAUAACUGACCUGAAUGUUUGGAAUAUUUCUCUGGAAGCAAGACAUGUCCGGGCCCUAAAUGCAUGUUUACCUUUAACCCAGGAGGCUCUUUUCAGCUGGGACCUCGACCACCUGAGCAGCCAUCCAGUGGUCAGACAGGUGGAGGCGUUUCUUCAAUGCCCAGCGGUGCACCACCAGAUGGAGCUGCAGGGCUGCAAGACGCUGCAAGGCUGGUCAGAUCAGCUCCCACUGUUUGACAUGACAGACUGCUCUGAUCCACUGCGUUUUAUCUGCAGGAGCAGCCGAGAGCGAUAUCUGAAGAUGAAGCAAAUGAGUGAAUCUAAGCCCACCUCCUUCAUGACACACUUCAUAAUGCUCUCCAACAAAACCCAGUAUUUCUGGUUCUCCGUCUGUUCACAGUCGGUGUUUAGCCAUCAGCUAUCAGCGCUGACCAGCCUGACUGAAGCAACCGUCCAGCUGGAUGCGUGCAUCCAGGCCCUGGAAGACACCCAGGAGGAUGGGCUGCAGCCGGUGGACAUGGUGUCCCUCAUCCAGGUCCUGUCCAUGGCUGCAGAUAUCCCCACACAGCCGGACACCUACAUGACCAACCACAGCCUGGAGAGCGUUCAGCAGCUCAGCCUGAAGUUCAUUAAUGUGGCGGACAGUAUCAUCAGCCAGGACAACGCCCCCAAGUGGCAGGCCAUCAAAGAGGUGGUGAAUGGCCCCAUGGACGUGGUCAAGAGCAUUGACCGGAUGGUAACCAGGCUGAGUCCUCGCUUGAUGGCAGAAACCAAUCACAUGACCAUUCACAGCCCCAACAUCAAGCUGGAGGUUCAGCAGCAGAAUCUGUUGGAAGGAUCCAGAGGAUUCUGUGGGCCUGAGACAGACAAAUCUACCUCCCUAGACUGUAUUUCAGUUGUACAUCAGAAGAUACAGGGUCUCUUUAAUAAUGGUAGGGAAACACUCACGUUGGUCAACACGUGGUAUGGUUCUCUGCGGCCUCUUUUCAACCCGGAGGAGAACAUCUCCCUGGUUCCUACUGUCACUGACGGCAGCCAGAGGUAUUUGGGCACCGUUCUGGGCUCCUCAGUCAUAUCAACCACAGUUCUGGCAGAUGCUGAACGGGUCAGUACUCCAGUUCGCUUCCAGCUCCAACACAGGGUCCAGAGUCCGAUCGGUACUGUGUAUGAUCCUGUUUGCGCCUUCUGGGAUUUUGAUCUCAACCCGGAGGCUGGAGGCUGGUGGAAUACCAAAGGCUGUGAAGUAGUGUCCAGACAGUAUGGAUAUACCGUGUGCGACUGCAACCACACCACCAACUUUGCAUUACUGCUGCAGGUUUACGAAGCCCAGAGGAACCCGGAGAACGAAAAAGCACUGCAGGUGCUGACGUUCAUCGGUUGUGGAGUGUCGCUGUGUGGCCUCCUCUUCACCUUCAUCCUCUUUAUCGCUGUGGGGGUUCCUAAAUCAGAUCGAACCACCGUCCAUAAGAACCUGAUCAUUGCUCUGGGCACUGCGGAGCUGCUCCUGAUGUGCAGUGACGGGGCAUCAGCCAAUGAGGUGGCAUGCUUCGUGGUUACAGCUCUGCUUCAUCUCUUCUUCAUGGCUUCGUUCACGUGGAUGCUGGUGGAAGGUCUGCUGCUCUGGAGCAAAGUUGUGUCCGUCAACAUCAGCGAGGACCGCAGGAUGAAACUGUACUACAUCAUUGGCUGGGGACUACCUGUUCUGAUAGUCGGCGUAACGUUGGCAGUAUCAGUCGAUGAGUACAAGUCAGAUGAUCACUGCUGGCUCAAUGUGAAGAAUGACACCAUCUGGGCAUUUGUUGGACCUGUCGUAUUUGUUUUGGCGGUCAAUGCGGUUGUGCUGUGUCGGGUUGUCAUGGUGACCGUUUCCAGCGCUCGCCGCCGUGCUAAGAUGCUCAGUCCAAGCUCAGCGUCAAAGAUGCAGACCUUUGACCUCACCUGGGCAGUGACCCGGCCGGUUCUGAUCCUGCUGCCAGUUCUGGGUCUGACAUGGCUCUGUGGUGUUCUGGUCCAUAUGUCUGUAGUAGUGGCCUACAUUUUCGUCGCUCUCAAUGCUUUCCAGGGCCUGUAUAUUUUCUUGGUGUAUGCUGUUUACAACAGUGAGGUGAGGAAUGCCAUAAAGAGGAUCAAAGAAAAGAGGAAAGCUUUAUCUUUCACGAACUGUUCCCAGCCGACCAGCUUCCUGCCAUCCCAGAGGGCCCCGGUGACCCCUUGGGGUCGCUGUCCUCCCACUCCCUCCAGCCCUGAGACCAGCGAGACCUCUGGACCUCCAAGUUCCACGUCCACUUCCUUGGUCAUCAAAAACGAGAGUUUCGGAAAAGAGAGCUUUGUCAGUUUCUCUUUGAAACCUGCAUCAGGAAACCAAGUUGUACAGCUGACAGGAUACAAGCCAUCAGGCACUCUUUGCCCCUCCCCCCGCUCUGCCGGAGAGUGGAGAGUCAGAGCACUGACUGAGAGCAACCUGUGA